GGCGGCCCCGGGACCCACGGCGAGCGGGAAAGGCAGAGUGGCUGCAAAUGGAAAACGACGGGCGCCGCGGGGCUGCAGACACUUCCGCCCCCGCCCCGGGCCUGGACCUUCGGGGUCACCUGACUCCGACCUGCCCGGGCCGGGCGGCACGGGGGGUAAAGUCCGGGCCGGGGUCAAGAGCGCGGCUGCAGGCCGUGGGGGGCGGGGUCCCGGAGUUCUGCCCCUCGCAGCUCCAGGCUCCUCCUCAGCUUCCCUCUCCUGCCUCCCAACCCCCCGGGGGCGGGGCGACCCUGGGCACCGAGACAGACCCGCGGGUGGGAGAUGCGGGGAGACCCUGGGCGGGGGACCCGAGAGUGGAGUGGGCGGGGCGACCUUGGGCGCUGGCCUCAGCCUGCGGGCCCUGGAGCCAGGUGCACAGCGCAUCGCCCGAGGCUGUCGCCGCCCUGCCCCUCCCACCCCAGCUGUCCUGGACCCAGGGGCAGGGAGAGGCUGGACGCCAGGUGCGCGGACACAGACGCGCCUAAGCACAGCUUCCUCCUUGCCGCUCCGGGGAGUGGGCAGCCAGCCCAGGAACCAGUACCACCUGCACCAUGGGGCUGUCCCGGAAGGAGCAGGUCUUCUUGGCCCUGCUGGGGGCCUCAGGGGUCUCAGGCCUCACGGCGCUCAUUCUCCUCCUGGUGGAGUCCACCAGCGUGCUCCUGCCCACAGACAUCAAGGUGCGUCCCCACCGGCAGGGGAGGCCGGGCCGGGUCCACAGGUGUUGCCUCCCACUCAUCCCACUGUCUCCCCAGUUUGGGAUCGUGUUUGAUGCGGGCUCCUCCCACACGUCCCUCUUCCUGUAUCAGUGGCCGGCGAACAAGGAGAAUGGCACGGGUGUGGUCAGCCAGGCCCUGGCCUGCCAGGUGGAAGGGCCUGGAAUCUCCUCCUACACUUCUAAUCCUGCACAGGCUGGUGAGAGCCUGCAGGGCUGCUUGGAGGAGGCGCUGGUGCUGAUCCCAGAGGCCCAGCAUCGGAAAACACCCACGUUCUUGGGGGCCACGGCUGGCAUGAGGUUGCUCAGCCGGAAGAACAGCUCUCAGGCCAGGGACAUCUUUGCAGCAGUCACCCAGGUCCUGGGCCGGUCUCCCGUGGACUUUUGGGGUGCCGAGCUCCUGGCCGGGCAGGCCGAAGGUGCCUUCGGUUGGAUCACUGUCAACUACGGCUUGGGAACGCUGGUCAAGUACUCCUUCACUGGAGAAUGGAUCCAGCCUCCGGAGGAGAUGCUGGUGGGUGCCCUGGACAUGGGAGGGGCCUCCACCCAGAUCACGUUCGUGCCUGGGGGCCCCAUCUUGGACAAGAGCACCCAGGCCGAUUUUCGCCUCUACGGCUCCGACUACAGUGUCUACACUCACAGCUACCUGUGCUUUGGACGGGACCAGAUGCUGAGCAGGCUCCUCGUGGGGCUGGUGCAGAGCCGCCCGGCUGCCCUGCUCCGUCACCCGUGCUACCUCAGCGGCUACCAGACCACACUGGCCCUGGCCUCGCUGUAUGAGUCACCCUGUGUCCACACCACGCCCCCGCUGAGCCUCCCCCAGAACCUCACAGUUGAAGGGACAGGCAACCCUGGGGCCUGCGUCUCAGCCAUCCGGGAACUUUUCAACUUCUCCAGCUGCCAGGGCCAGGAGGACUGCGCCUUUGACGGGGUCUACCAGCCCCCGCUGCGGGGCCAGUUCUAUGCCUUCUCCAACUUCUACUACACCUUCCACUUCCUGAACCUCACCUCCGGGCAGCCCCUGAGCACGGUCAACGCCACCAUCUGGGAGUUUUGCCAGAGGCCCUGGAAACUGGUGGAGGCCAGCUACCCUGGGCAGGACCGCUGGCUGCGGGACUACUGUGCCUCAGGCCUGUACAUCCUCACCCUCCUGCACGAGGGCUACGGGUUCAGCGAGGAGACCUGGCCCAGCCUCGAGUUCCGAAAGCAGGCGGGCGGUGUGGACAUUGGCUGGACACUGGGCUACAUGCUGAACCUGACCGGGAUGAUCCCGGCCGACGCGCCGGCUCAGUGGCGGGCAGAGAGCUACGGCGUCUGGGUGGCCAAAGUGGUGUUCAUGGUGCUGGCCCUGGUGGCGGUGGUGGGGGCUGCCUCGGUCCAGCUCUUCUGGUUGCAGGACUAG